AUGGGAGGCAAACUGUCAACCAAACGGCAGAGGAGGAAACAGAGCAGAAAGCUUAUCACUGACCUUCUAACUCAUGACGGGCUGAAGGUUUAUGACUUCUCAGACCUGACUCCCAGAGGCGCACUGGAGCUUGAUGAAGAUGAGUGGACUUCUUACUCUGACGACAGCAGCUGGAUAAGCGAAGAAGAGGAGAAGUGUUAUGAUCCCCAGGACUCCACACUUCAAUUUGUAGACGAAGAAGAUGUUUUAGAUUUUUUGUGCGAUGACUUCAAGUCUCUCAGAGCAAAGAUGUCCUGCGGUCAUGCUGUCACUCCGAUGUCUCUCACGAACUGGUGUCUCUGUUUGCUGGAUGAGGGUGAGUGCAAAUUUGUGUGUGGCCAGACUGGCUGUGAUGCUGAGUGGCCCUUUGAGGAGGUUUGUAAAAUGGCUCUUCUGACCCCUGAAGAAAGGGAUUACUUUGAAAGGAAAAUGUUCAGCAACGCUGCAGAGACUUUCUUGGAUAUCAAAGCAUGUCCUGGAUGCCAGUCUCAUGUGAUGAGAGCUGACCUCCAUGAUCUCAGUGUCCAGUGUCCAAUGUGCACAGCAAGGAGAAGAAGGGCUUAUCGGUUCUGCUGGCAGUGUUUGAAGAAGUGGAAAGGUCCAGCUCCACGUUCAGACCGCUGUGGGAAUGCAGACUGCCAAGACCCACUGGAAAUACUGAGAAACUGCCCGGAUAUCACCUUCAAGGAUGUGGAGGGGGUCACUGGCUGUCCCUCCAUCCGUGCCUGUCCCACCUGUGGUGUUCUGGUGGAGCAUGACAAAAAGCAAUGUAAAGCCGUGUACUGUGUGCGGUGUAAGGUGAAGUUCUGUUUUGUGUGUCUGAAGCUCAGUGAAGAGUGCGUGGAUGGAGGUAACGUAUACUCAUUUUAUAAACUUUGCCCCAGUGGUGUCGCACCAAGACAGACCUCUAUACCUGUGUGGCAGAGGACAUGA